AUGUUCAAGGCCAGGCGGGAAUGGAGCUUGGACCAUCCCGGAUUAGUGGAACACUUCUCCAGCCGCGAAGGCUGCGAUGGCAGCACCCCCGCCUACGAGCGGCCGGGCAGCCCCUGCCCCGCUCCGCCCCUAGGGAGCCGCCUGGGCGGGGCGCAGGCACGGACCCACCGGGACCGCCUGGAAAUGUCCCCGGCCUUCGGGGGUCGCUGUUUUCUCUCCCGCCAGCGACGGUUCUCGAGUGAGCCUCGUGGGGUGGCGGGGAGGCGGCCCGGGUUUGCAGUUAUCUGGCCCACAGCCAGCCACCUUUGGUCAUACUCUGUUGUCAACCUUUACAUGAUGGCAGAACCACUUAAUCUUCAACAUAAUGAAGUUGCAGAUGCAGAUUUAAGCAACAGGGUCACAGGAAGUGCUGUGGAAGACAAAACUGGUAGAGAGAACUGCAUAGUAGCUGCAGCUGAUAAAGGAAAUACUGUUUCACAUUCUGAYUGGAUUAGUGGGAAGCCAGAGAAAUUGCAAUAUUCCUCUAAGAGUGCUUUUUCUAUUUGCUAUGAUAAGAGUUUCUUGAGUUGGUUAGCCCCACCCUAUAAAGGGGGCACUUGCCAUCAUUGUGGUUUAUUUGGAACGCUCAGAUGUUCACAGUGUGUGCAAACAUAUUAUUGUUCUACAGAUUGUCAGAAAAAAGAUUGGCCAGCACACAGAGUAGUUUGUGAUCCCAUUAAACAGAAUUUAGGUAAUAGCAAAACCAAGAAAGGAGUUUAUCUUAAGGAGGAAGUGAGGKUGAGUUUUGCUGUAGAUGUUGUUCUUCCAGAUUCUGAAGACUGCCUAAGUAAGCUUCCCUUAGAAAUGAAGUCUCAUUCAAGUCCUGGAAGUGAUGCCAAAGGAGACUCUCCUAGAGUAUCAGAAAACCAUACAAAGGGAAGUGAAAAAAAAAUACCUGAGGUUGAAGACUCUCCUCAUUGUGCUAAUUCAGUUGCCAAGUGUGUCCCUUUAAGUAUUGGAGAGGAAUUUUCUGCUGUGGUUUCCCACAUUCAAAAUCCAGAAACCUUUUUUUGUCAGCGGAUGCAAAGUGCCCGUCAGCUUGCUGAGCUUGAAGCAUCUCUUAAUGAAUACUGUGGCAAAUUUCCCAGUAAUCCAUCUUUCCGUCCUGCUGCUGGCAAUGCGUGCUGUGCCCAGUUCACAGAAGACAACCUUUGGUAUCGUGCUGCUGUUACAGCUUAUGCUUCUGAAGAUACUGUUUUGGUGGACUAUAUGGAUUAUGGUAAUUCUGAUUCUCUUCCACUGACCAGACUUCGUCCUAUGAUUCCAAGCUUAAUGAACUUGCCAGCUCAAGCCAUAAGAUGUGGCCUGGCAGGUGUAAAGCCACCAUUAGGAACCUGGACCUCAGAAGGUGUUUCUUACAUGAAGAAACUGGUGAAAGACAAAGUGUUGACAGUAAAAGUAGUGGAUAAAGAGAGUUCUAGAUCUGUGGUGGAGCUUACAGAUGCAUCAGUUACUCCAGAAGUAAAUAUAUCAAGCCUUCUCAUAGAGGAAGGCUGUGCAACUGAAGAAAUGAAGAUGGUUUUACCAGCAGCCAGAGUGAGUGAUGUUGAGCAAGCCAAUGAGGACACAGUGAACAAAAGAAUGUGCAAGUGGAUUAAAUUAACUCUUAACCAAACACUCAGUGUCAUAGUGUGUACAGUGUACAAUCCUGGAGAAUUCUACUGUCAGAUUGCAAACAGCCAUGAGUUACUUGCUCUAAACUCACUUAACAAAUCAUUGGCUGAAUACUGUCAGAAAACUCCACCACGUGUUUCUGAGCUUGAGAAUGGAGACGCUUGUUGUGCUUUUUACUCUGAGGAUGGUAACUGGUACCGUGCAGUAGUGCAAAAUGUCAUUUCAAAUGGAACUUUACAAGUGAGCUUUGUGGACUAUGGAAAUACUGAGGAAGUUCCACUGGAUAACAUCCGACCGAUCCCAUCCUCAUUCCUAAAACUUCCAUUUCAAGCAAUUAAAUGUUGGCUCUCAGGUAUAAAGCCUGGAAAUAGCAAAUGGAAUCCAGAAGCUACAACAAGAUUUCAUAUGUACACUUCAGGGUUAGAGCUUCAAGCCACAGUGACUGCCCUUUCYGAAGAUGGGGCAGGUGUAGUACUUACUGACAAUUCCACAGAUUGUCCUAAAGUGAUCAAUAAGAUACUAACUUCAGAAAAACUGGCUGUAAAGGAAGUUAUACAGGAUAAAAAUAACUUUCCAAGCAAGUCUGUUGACCAAAAAGCAACCUCACCUGGGCACUGGAAGUCAAUUGAAUUGGCUGUAGAUGAAACUAUGUCUGUCUGCAUAACAGAAGUUGUAAGCCCGGACUUAUUCUAUGCUGUACCAGCUCCAAAUAAAGAUCAAAAGAAGCUCCUUAGGGAGAUGAUUUCACUGGAAGACUACUGUAGAUCUUGUARCAAACAGCCUUUCCAUCCAAAACUGGGGGAAGCUUGUUGUGCUCAGUUUUCAGGCAAUGGCCAUUGGUACAGAGCUGUUGUUCUGGAAGCUUCCMAGUCUGCGGUGAAAGUACUGUAUGGGGACUAUGGGAACACAGAAACAUUACCCCUUUCAAAGGUCCUGCCAAUCACUGAUUCCUAUUUAMAGCUGCCUUUUCAGACAAUUACAUGUUCACUUGCAGGAAUAGAGAAAGCUGAGUGGUCUCCAUUAGUACUUGACGAGUUGAAAAAACUGUUACWGAAGCAAUACGUCACAAUUACAGUUAAAGCAAUUAAUGGAAGUGUUAAUUUAGUAACAGUGGAGAAACAUUUGGAAGAUGGUUAUCUGAAUGUAGCUGACAAACUUCUAAAGGASGGUUUGGUCAAACCUUGCAGUGCUGACAGCUCACAUAGUGAACAUCAAGGUAAUGGAGGUGAGACCAAAUGCCGCUGCGCAGAAUUAGAAGUGCAACUUAAAAAGCAUGAACAAGUUCUACUCUUCCUUUUAAAUAAAUUUGGGAAUCCAGAUGGAUUCACUGAAAUGAAAAACCUGUUGAAGCACUAAGUCUCUGGCAUGUACCAUUUCAUUUGCAUGUCCACCAAGUUGCAGCAGUUCCUUUUUUGGAAGAUCAGGAGCAUCUGUCAGCUUGAAAAAUGAGAGUCACUUCGUGGAAAUUCUGCUGUUUAAGUACCUGYAUCUAUCUGCAUGCUUGGAUUGUUACUGUGACACAAGUAUGUAACCAAGAGGAUUGCAAAGCUGCAAGCUAAAAUUUCAGUUCUGCUCUUGUUUUAUACCACCGUGUGCUGCUGAACCUUUCACUUUUAUUUUCAUGUUGAAAAUCCAUAGAAKUUUGUGAAGUGGCCAUUACAUUGUGAGUCUGUUUUGCAGACUUGCAUUUUAAAUUCUUUAAAGUUUUACUUUACUUUGGUACCAUUAAUAUUACUUAGAAAACUGUAUCUUUUUUGAUUACUUCUCUUUCAACCUAAUUUCUGGUCUGAAGUUAGACCAAAAUUUGUUCUUCAUAAAUUUGGUUUCAGUGUCAUUAAAGGUUGAAUGUUGUCUUGGACUGCAUACAGGUAGUUCUCUCUAAAAUCAGUAAACAYGUUAUUGUGCACAGUUCUUUCCUUACACUUAGGCUGUAUAAUAUGCAUCUCUGGAUGUUAUUUUGAAGUGAACUAUAUUGGAGCUGUUUAGUGUGUAGCUACAUCAUCAGGAUUUCUACCCCAUCAAGUUUUUACAUCACAAUAGAUUAGACCAAUUCUGGGAUAUGACAAAACCACUGAAUCAAAUUAACAGAUUUGCAGUAUUUCUUCGACUGAAUACCUAGYUGUCAUUUCUGUCUAUUUCAGGAAUGUCAUAUUAUUGUUUGUGGAACACAGUAGAUAUUUGGUGAUUGGAACUGCAGGGUCAGCUUUUUUCUUCACUCAAAAUACAUAAUUCAAGUUUGGGCUUUUGCAGAYUGGAAGAAUCUUGAAAUUGAAAUUGUUGCGAAAUAUUUAUCUUUGACUUAAUGUUUUAUUACACUUAAAUUGCUUCAGGUUUUUUCCUUGCCUCUUAGUUUUUGUUGCAUUAUACUCUUGCAGUAGCUAAUAAUUAGAUGACUGCUUCCUUUUGCAUUGUUUUUUCUCUGCUAGAUUUAAUCUCUAAUUGAAAUAUAUUCUUGAAGUGAUGAACUAUCACCUAUGAAAUAUAUUCAUCUAMAUGCCUGUAUGAUUAUUUCUGAACAAAGGAUCUUAUAUAAUUUACUUAGACAAUAACAUCUGUGCUCYUGGAAAUAGAA